UUUCAGGCACUGCAACGUUUAGGCGAAGUUGUGGCAAUGACUGGCGAUGGUGUCAACGAUGCGGUUGCGCUAAAGAAGGCCGAUAUUGGCAUUGCAAUGGGUGCAACAGGCACUGAUGUUUGCAAGGAAGCAGCAGAUAUGAUACUCACAGACGACGAUUUCCAUACAAUUCGAGCGGCAAUUGAAGAAGGCAAAGGCAUAUAUCAUAACAUCACUAAUUUUGUACGUUUUCAGUUGAGCACGAGCGUAGCAGCUUUGUCAUUGAUUGCAAUCUCGACGUUAUUCGAGUUUGAAAAUCCAUUAAAUGCGAUGCAAAUUCUCUGGAUUAACAUAAUCAUGGAUGGUCCACCGGCGCAAAGCCUUGGCGUGGAACCUGUUGACAGGGUAUGUUUUCUGAAAUUUCCCAUAUCGUUAACAGUUCAAAACUCGUAUUGUUGA